UGGAUCUUUACUCGCGUUGAAAAAAAAUUGUUUGUUUGUCUUUGGAUACUUUGUGAUGUCGUCGUCUACUAACGAGUACGAGUAUCGUCUUUUAUAAAGUUUUAUCAAGAUUCCCGGACUAAUUUGGUGAACGUGAUAAUUUCCUAGUAGCUUAUGAAUCUGACAGUGAUUUAUUCUAAAAUUUAUUUAGUGUUGGACAAAGUUUUGUGAUUAUAAGUUUCUAAUUUUAGUCGUCCCUACUGGGAUUGUUUGGCAAAAUGAUGACCGAAAAUAGAAUUAGUUCAAGUAAUCACGUCGGAAAUAGUUUAUCUAAUCAGAGCAAGGGAGACGUCGAUAAAACUAUCGACGACAUCGGUUGGAAAUCAAAAUUAAAAAUACCUCCAAAAGACAGAAGAAUAAAAACCAGUGAUGUGACAGAUACUAGAGGUAAUGAGUUUGAAGAGUUUUGUCUGAAAAGAGAGUUGCUGAUGGGUAUUUUUGAAAAGGGUUGGGAAAAACCUUCCCCUAUUCAAGAGGCUUCAAUCCCUAUUGCACUUAGUGGCAAAGAUGUACUUGCAAGAGCGAAGAAUGGAACUGGCAAAACUGGUGCAUAUUGUAUUCCAGUUUUAGAACAGGUUGAUCCUAAAAAAGAUGCUAUACAAGCUUUAAUUGUGGUACCAACAAGGGAGUUAGCACUUCAAACAUCACAAAUUUGCAUUGAGCUGGCGAAGCACACAGACAUUCGUGUAAUGGUGACUACAGGAGGUACCAACCUCAGAGAUGAUAUUAUGCGUAUCUAUCAAAAUGUUCAAGUUAUAAUUGCUACGCCAGGUCGAAUGAUUGAUCUCAUGGAUAAACAAGUUGCUAAAAUGGACCAGUGCAGGAUGCUGGUUCUGGAUGAGGCAGACAAACUCCUUUCCCAAGAUUUCAAGGGCAUGUUGGAUAUGGUUAUCUCACGAUUACCCAAGGAGCGCCAGAUUUUACUGUUCUCUGCCACUUUUCCACUGAGUGUAAAGCAAUUUAUGGAAAAGCACUUGAGAGAACCUUAUGAGAUUAAUCUCAUGGAGGAAUUAACACUGAAGGGAGUUACACAGUACUAUGCAUUUGUACAAGAGAGACAGAAAGUUCAUUGUUUAAAUACACUUUUUUCUAAGUUACAAAUUAAUCAGUCUAUAAUAUUCUGCAAUUCCACUCAGCGUGUAGAGUUACUUGCCAAGAAAAUAACAGAGUUGGGAUAUUGUUGCUAUUACAUACAUGCGCGCAUGGCGCAGGCACAUCGCAAUCGCGUCUUCCACGAUUUCCGCGCAGGAUUGUGCCGUAAUUUAGUUUGCUCUGAUUUAUUCACUAGAGGUAUAGAUGUGCAGGCAGUCAAUGUUGUUAUUAACUUUGAUUUCCCGCGUAUGGCAGAAACGUAUCUCCACCGCAUUGGUCGUUCUGGACGAUUUGGCCACUUAGGUAUUGCAAUUAAUCUAAUCACAUACGAAGAUCGAUUUGCACUGCAUCGUAUAGAGCAGGAGUUGGGCACGGAGAUCAAACCUAUUCCGAAGGUGAUCGACCCGGCGCUAUAUGUAGCGCGCCCCGAGGACGAUGACUCUGCCGACAAGUAACGCCGUGCUGCCACAGUGUUCACUCGCGCACACUCUGUGCCCUCUACAUCUAUCUGGACUUGCUGACUGGUGAAAGGAAUAAUAUAAAAAUAACAAAAACAAAAAACUUAUUUGUAAAAAGUGUAAUGAAUUUAUUGUAACAAAAUGUGCGUGUAAAUAGUUAUCGUGAAAUAAGACUUCGACCCUAAAUAGGGUCACUUUUUUAAAGUGUAUAUAAAACAUUGGGACUUAAAAAGGUUUUUUACGCUCUUUGUCCAUAUUGGAUACUGUGCGUGGAUUCCUCCAUUGUUAAAACAUAAAAUAUUUAUCUGAAUCUGAAUACCAACUUUAAGUCUACCUAAAUUUGUCCAAGAUCUUAACAUAAAUUGUGGUAGACUUGCUAUAUAUAUUAAUGUGUAAAUCCUACCCAUAUUAUAAGCAAUCUUGAGCUAGCACCAUUUUAUUUUUACUCUCUUAAAAACAUUGUGCAUUCUGUAAUAUGGGUAGAUAAUAAGUCUAGCUCAAGUAAAUUAUACUGAUCAUUUGAGUGUUUAUGGCAGCGUCAAGGGCAUUGUUUCUGGCCGCUUGAGAUAGUGUCCAAUUACUUCAAGCCGUAUUUUGUGAUAAUUGUGCUCAUGUUGUAAGUUAACUUGGGAAAAUACCAUAAGGUGACUGAUGUAAUAUGUUCAUUAAAGUGAAUAAUAAUAAUUGUAAUAAUUACCAAGUUAACUUAUUAUAUUGACUCAAUUUUAUUUAAUAGUUUGUACUGUUUUUUUUUUUUGUGUAAUUUCUAAAAGCGGUUUUUGUCACAGCCUUGGCAUGAAUUGUAUGUUGAUUUUGGUGGGAAUGGUUAAAGAAAUGGAGAGGAAUAUAUUUUAUAGUUAAUUUUUCUUGUUCACAAGUCAGAUUUUCUACAAAUUACCCUGAUCAACACAUGGGUAGCCCACCAAAUCUCAUUGCAAACAAUUCAUAAAUUUGUUCUAUCAAUUUAAAAAAAGCUGUGACUUUAACAAGACAAGGGAAUGGACUAAAUCUAUUACGGCUUGCAGAUAUGGUCAUUGCUUUGUCUUUGUUUUUGUUUUAGAGAGCUAUUAAUUUUCAUUAUUUAAAAACUCGAUUUUGCUCUCUGGGGGGGAAUAAAAGUAUUAGGGAUGUCAAGUGAAGAGUUUUGGUCAUGUGUAGUUCAAUUCUUAUACACAGCAUUUUUAAUAAUUUGUACAUGACCUGCCUGUUUUUAGUUUUUAAAUUUUUCUGCAAUGCUAUAGAUCUCUGUUUAGUUACCAUAAUUCUCCCAUUCUGUUUUGUAUACAUUUUUUACACUACUAUCAUCACAAAUAUUAAAAAAAAAAAACAACAGAGAUGGGAGGAGAACAUUGUACAAUGAUUGGGUUAACAAAAACAAUUAUUCUUCUAUUCACUAGAUUAUUGAAGACAUUUUUUUUACAUUAAGAUUGCUUGAAAUUGUAUAAAAGUUACGAUACAAUGAUAUAUUUUGUGAUUUUGCAUAGAAGACUAAUAUGCGCCAAUGUAAUCUCCAAUUAUGGCAUUCUCGCAGACAAAUAAGAAGGGGAACUAGAGUUUAAUUAAAUAUUAGCCAUAAGUACAAAAGCAUGUUGGUAUUUGUCUGUGCAAAAUAAUUAUUUACUUACGUACAAAAUUGUUUAUAAAAUAUUAUUUCUAGAUGUGUCAAACUUCUAAGAUGUUACUGGCACUUGAUGUAUAUCUGUGAUAUGUAUAGUUUCAUGAUUUAGAACUAAAUUAGAUGUGAUUUUCUAAUAAAUUUGUAUUGCUGAAAUUUUAUGAAAAUGAAACUUGCAACAUUGUAUAUCGCAUACGAAAAAACAAGUCUAUCAAGAAUAAGUUGCCAACCGAGAUUGAUAAACUAAAUGGGUGAUAUGACGAAAAAUAUUUGAUUAUAUCUAUUAUAUUUUUGUUGUUAUAUAUAAAUUAACAAAAUUAUUUAAAAAACUUAUUUAGUGACAAAAAUCAACCGGCUUGUGGUAAAUGAUGCUUAUUUUACUAUACAUUUUUAAGAAACUUCGCUAGACUGUUCGUAAUUAUUGAUGAUUAUUAUUUUUAUAUUUCAUUGAGAAGAUGUAUGACAUAAAACAGCAAAAUAAUGCAAUAAGAUUAAUCAUCUCAUCAACGUCCAUAUGAGAAGUUGUGCAAAAAAUGACCUAUAUUAUUUUACAACCAAAUUUUGUUGGACGCGUAUAAACUACCUAAGAUAUAGAUAGACGUGACUUAUUUUCUUCAUAUGAAGUCCUCACUGUUGGUUGUUAUAUGUACUAGGCCUAGACAUUGACAGUGUAUACGCAUCUAUAAGGUGUUUUUUGAAGUAACAAACUCUGUCUGUCCAAUGAUAGAUAUCCUAGGGCAAUUUUUGAACUAUCAGACUGAACCUAUUUAAGUAGCCGAAUGUUGCAGGUGGAUAUUCAUAAAAAGUUUUUUUACUGCUUAAUACUUUGACUAUCAUUAUGAUAUCACACAACAAUAAUUAUAAAUGUGAUACUCAUAUUUUGACAGUCUAUAGUAAAUUUAUUGGAAUGAGGUAAUUUACUGCAACAAAAUAUAACCAGUGAAAAGGUUAUGUAUUUAAUCUGAACACUGGCUUGACAUGUUACAUGAAACUUCUAUAAAUAGUUACACUUAAUAUAUUGAGAGAAAUAUUUUAUGUACCUAUUCAUGAUAUUAAUUGUAUAAUUUAUAAAUUAUAUUGCCAAAUCGAAAGUGACUGUUGUUAGUCUUCAUCUUAUCAGACGUUGGCGAUUACAGAAAGCAUAUCACGUACCUAGAUUGUAAAAUAAUAAAUCAUGAAUAACUCUAUACAAAUAGACUAUAUUAUACAGGUCAUUGUAACUACGCAUUCGGCAGUGUCAUAUUAUAUUCUGUAAAGUAAUAAUUUAUCUUGUUUUCUAUUAAAAAAUAUAUUAUUGUUGAAAAAGACCAAAAAAUAAACUCUUCACGCCAAAAUAA